UGACAACUUUUAAGUUAAAUACGCGAAAUUAAUUUUGCUUGUGUUAAAUUGGAUAUAAUUUUGACGGCAACAUAUAUUUCUAAAGAUACAAAAAAAUUUCAAAUUCAUGUUGCCAAACCAACAAAUGGCUGAAGACUCAGUGACUGCUUCGGUUAGUCCCAAACCUCAGACGUUCACUUUAUACUCGGAGAAGGAUUUUAGGGACGCAACACAAUGUGAAACUGAUGAUGACUGUCCGAUGAUAGGCAGCAAAUGUUCUAAAUACGAAGGGAAGUAUAACAAACUCUGUGAAUGUGAACAUCACUUUAAGCUGCCAAAUGAAAACAACGGCGGCUGCAGUUAUUAUUACACAGCAAGACCAGAAAGAAAAUCCACUGAUACUUCAUCGCAUCAAACUACAUCAAAUGCACCUGACAGCAACUUAGGAUCGGACUCGUUCUCAGAUAUUGGGCUCAAAAUUUUUCUCCCAGUUGGGUUGGUAUUGGUGAUCAGUUUCAUCGUGCUUUUAAUGGUAUUAUCAUACCGAUACUACCGUAGGUUCUACUUUCGCGGACGAAAUAGUGCAAUUGUGAAAGCUAGUGAGGAUAAUCAAAUUCUGGACAAAUUGAAUGUUGUAAAUAGAAAUUCAUCUUACUUUGAAACUAAUGUAGGAGAAUAUGGCAAAAAGUGGAUCACCGGAAGCAUUUCAUUUGAUAAUUUAAGAUUGAUAGAAGUGAUUGGGGAAGGAGCGUUUGGUCAAGUCCAUAAAGGCGAGCUUGUUCAACCAGAUGUAAACGAAACUACAUUAGUAGCCGUUAAAGUGUUAAAAGAGGGCGUGUCAAACGAGGCUCGUGAUGACUUUGAGCGCGAGGUAGAAACCAUGAGUGCCUUUGAUCAUGAUAAUAUCCUUAAGCUUCUGCUUCUAGGGACUGUGUCUGCAGGGAACAACGACACCCCUUAUAUGGUGUUUGAAUACAUGAUGCACGGUGACCUGACAGAGAUGCUUAGAAAGAAUGAGCCAACUAUUACAACUGCUGACACUUCUGUAAUGCUGCAAAAGACUGACCUUGUUGACAUUACGAUACAGAUUGCCAAUGGUAUGAGGUAUCUGACGUCACAGCAUUUUGUCCAUCGUGAUCUGGCAACGCGAAACUGCCUCGUAGGUGAUGGUUUAAUUGUAAAGAUAAGCGACUUUGGGAUGUCACGUGAUAUUUACACUUGCGAUUAUUAUAAGAUUGGGGGAUCAAGAAUGUUGCCGGUACGAUGGAUGUCACCAGAAGCUGUGAAAUGGGGACGAUUUACAACAGACUCAGAUAUAUGGGCAUUUGGUGUCGUACUGUGGGAGAUCUUUAGCUACGGGCGCCAACCCUACUAUGGACAUACUAACGAAGAGGUUAUUAGAUUUCUGGACGAGGGAAUUCUACUGCAAAGGCCCGAGGAAUGCCCGUCUAUAGUUUACCACGUUAUGUUACAAUGUUGGAAAAUAGAUCCUAAAAAACGACUGGCAUUUGACAGAAUCCACAAAUAUUUGACCGAAUACAGAAAACAGCUAUAUAACUCAUCAAAACCAGCAUCAUAUAAUGUGGUCAAUGAAUAUGAAAUUCCUCAAUAAGCACUACAAAAUAACUUUGUUAUUUAAGAACUGUCGUGAUUGAAAAAGUGAUUGACAAUACAAACGAUGGACUUACUUUCCGUGUUUGAUUCGUAGCCAAGAUAGGAAUUGCAUUUAUUCUUCUAAGUUAUUUGUUAUUAAUUACAAAAACAUGGCGCUCAAAAGACCUCACACUUUGGAUUCGAUUGGCUCGGAAUAUUCCGAUAAAGUAUACCAUACGAUACUACAUUACUUUUUUAUUUCUUUUCUUAACUAAUAAAGUAGUCUUAUUGAACAAUUAACUGAAAGGCAAUCAAAAUGCAGAUUAUAACAAGAUCGUAGGUUUUUACUUAUUUAUAAUGGAAACUACAAAGCAUACAUUCAAAAGUCAUGAGAAAUUUGAUUAGGUAGAAAGAGACAAUACAUGAUUUUAUUCGUUCAUGAGAAGCUAUAUUUUGUUCAAAUUAUAGGUUUUUAACAAUGUAUGCUUUUGGCGUUCAAAGGUUCAUAUUCAUAGUUGACUUUGAAAUUGUAAAGUUAUCUUUUGUGAAUAAGACAAAACUUUAUUUGUAAAUAGAAAUAUGACCUUUAUUGUUUAUAUAUAUAUGUCUAGUAAUACUGUAAUUAUUUUUAAUUUAUCAAUAAUUUUGUAAUAAAAACGUAGUU